UGCGAGCGUCGCCCGCGUCGAGCUCGCUUAGCCCUCAAAUGCAAACUUGUAGUGUGAGCUGGCUCCUGCCCAGAGGUGGCGUACCCGCGUUUCUCGUUCCACGACGUUGCGUAGCGUUAGUGCGACCCAAUGCGCACCACUGCGCCCACCAGUGCACUGCACGGCCGCGCUAGCUCUGUGAGCUUGGUCACACAGCUUUGUUGUCAGCUUUGUGAGGUGCUCUCUGCUCGUAAUCUCGGAGCGUACGCGCACGCGUGCGACAGAGGCCUCGCGCAACAGUGCAGCACUAUCAGCUGGCUGUAGCUAGGACAAAUUUGCCGGCGCCGUGACCUCGCAAAAACUUUGGACUGCUGCAGGGUGCAUCCUCUCAGCCUGCAAAGCGCGCGAGCUAGGCCGCGAGGCGUUGACCAUGCGCCGACGACUCGUCGGCGCACUGCUGCUUGUGCACUGCUGUUCCGGCGACGACGCCACCGCCGCCGUCGCCGUGACGGCUCAACUCGCAGAAACGUUCGCGGCGGCCUGCAAUGCAACUGAUUUCCACGCGCUCGUCGAUUUGCCGGCGGCGAAAUACGUUCAUGUCAUGGACUUCUCCAGGGGAAUCGAAGCUGCCAUCUCCGCGAAACGCGGCGUGCCUUGCGUUUUGCGCCGCUUGGCCCGCAGACCGGCAAACAGCCGGUGCGCGCGCUGGUACGUGGGCCGCUACGACGAGGUGCGGCGGAACAUGUAUACGACAGAGAUGUUCGAGAACGCGACGAAAACUAUCGAUGGCUACGCGGGCAUCCGCGACGUGCACAUCGGUCUUGAUAUCGGCGGGCCCGCGGGCACGCCGGUCUACGCGCCGGCCCAGGGCGUCAUUCAAAGCUUCGGCUACAACCCCGACGCGGGCGACUACGGCCACGUUAUCGUUACGGAACACGUGAUAGAAGGCGUGCGGUGCUGGAUGCUCUUCGGACACCUCGACUCCGCGUCGGUGGCGUUCAAACGCGUGGGCCAGGUGGUGGAGCGCGGCGAGCGCAUCGGAGCGUUCGGCGCAUCGCACGAGAACGGAGGUUGGGCGCCGCACGUGCACUUCCAGGUCUCACUCAUUCCGCCGGCGACGCACGACAUGCCCGGCGUCGUCUCCGCCGCGCAGCGCGACCGGGCGCGACUGGAGUACCCCGACCCGCGAUUGAUUGCGGGGAUGUUGUAUCAUAAUCUGUUGUCAUGCGAUCAAUGGUAA